GAAAACCCUAGCAUAACCAUAUAUAAACUCUCUCGUCACUGACAUUGGAACUCUUCCUAAGGAGAGCUGCUACUUUGCAACCAUGUCGAAGCGAGGACGAGGAGGAACCUCUGGUAACAAGUUCAGGAUGUCGCUGGGUCUCCCAGUGGCAGCCACGGUGAACUGUGCUGACAACACUGGAGCCAAGAAUCUGUACAUCAUUUCGGUGAAAGGAAUCAAGGGUCGUCUGAACCGUUUGCCAUCAGCCUGUGUUGGUGAUAUGGUUAUGGCUACGGUCAAGAAGGGAAAGCCUGAUCUCCGUAAGAAGGUUCUGCCAGCUGUCAUCGUCAGGCAGAGGAAGCCAUGGCGCCGAAAGGACGGUGUCUUCAUGUAUUUUGAGGAUAAUGCUGGUGUCAUUGUCAAUCCCAAGGGUGAAAUGAAAGGAUCUGCCAUCACCGGACCAAUCGGAAAGGAGUGUGCCGACCUGUGGCCAAGAAUCGCUAGUGCUGCCAACGCCAUCGUUUAAGCAAAACCUUGAGAUCUUUAUCUGUGUUGAACGUUUUGCACCCCUCUGUUGAGGAUGUUUUGUCUUUGUUUUAGACUUCUGUUGUGCCUUGAACUUGAUUCUAGUUACUAUAAAAACGUGCCAUUUCUUCGCUUUAGUUUUUUCUGCAUAUUGUUUACUUUAUUUUACUUUUAUCCUGCUAGUAUGAGAUCUGUCCUUUUAAUCCGCAUGUGUUGACUGCUUCUAUGAUAAUAGCUAUACCCAGUUUCAACGAUGUAAACUAGAUUUUUAUAUCAACCCUGAAUUUAUAA